AUGGCUAAGGAAAGGUGCCAGAAAAAAUCCUUUCAAGAUAGUCUUGAAGACAUAAAGAAACGAAUGAAAGAGAAAAGGAAUAAAAACUUGACAGAGCUUGGCAAACGCAAAUCCUUCAUAACUGCACCGUGCCAAGUAAUCAACACCACUUCUACAUUGCUGAAAAAUUACCAACAAAACAACAAAAUGUUAGUUUUAGCUUUGGAAAAUGAAAAAUCCAAAGUGAGAGAAGCCCAAGAUAUCAUCCUACAACUGAGAAGAGAGUGUUACUACCUUGCAUGUCAGUUAUAUGCACUGAAAGAAAAACUUGCUUCCCGGCAAACAGAAGCUGCUCAGAACCAGGAAAUACAUCCCUCUGGAAUGGACUCCAAUAGAGAGGACAACACCAGUGAUUUAUUUGUGAAGUAUUUACCGCAACUUCCUCUUGAAGAAACUGACCUUCCAGGACAUGGAGAAUCAUUACAAAUAGAAGUUGUGCCACCUGAGACUUACCCGUCACCUCGCUCUGGCCUGAAGGAUAUCACCAGUGCUCCAUUGUCUCCUGUAGUGAAAAUGAGGAAACUUUCUCUUUCUCCAAAAAAGAACACAGAAAGUACAGCAGUGUCUCUGCCCAAGCGUAGGUGCACAACCAGCAUUAACUAUAAGGAGCCAACACUUGCUUCGAAACUAAGAAGAGGGGACCCUCUUACAGAUUUGUAUUUUUUGAAUUCUCCUAUUUUCAAGAAGAAGAAGGACGUGAGAUGUUCUAAAAAAAAGUAG